CCGACAGAAACGAUGGAACCGGUCGAUCUGCUGUGGUUCCUGACGGUAGUUGGAUUAAUCAACUGUGAAGGUAAAGAAGGUGUCGUCAAACGGAUGGUGAUGGCCGGCAGUGACGUCGUUUUACCGUGUUCCCUCAACAAUAAGAACAUCGAACUGGCUCUGUUUGACUGGAUGAAAGAUGAUCGACAGGAGGUGUUUCUGUACAACGCCGGCACUCAUUCCAAUAGCGGACAUCCAGGUCAAGACGAGCAGUUCAAAGGACGAGUGUCUCAUUUUCCAGAUGAACUAAUUAACGGCAACGCCUCCAUCAUCAUCAGAAACACACGACCGUCUGACAGUGGAAGCUACACCUGUUAUUUCCCGCAUAUCCAACAACAAAGAUUCCACAUUGAGCUUCUUGUUGGUGUGUCUCCGAAGCCACGUGUCAUGAUUCUUAGCAUUACACCAGACUGGGCGCUGCUGCAGUGUGAGGUUCGUAGGGCUUUUCCGAAAACACAGAUUGUGUGGCAUGACAGCGAUGGAAUCAUCCUUCCUGCUGAGGAGAAGCUUGAGGACUCAGAUGAUCCCCACUGUCCUCCAGCUCUGACCCUCCAAACUAAUGUGACCAAAACCAGCAACUUCUGCUGUGUAGUUACUCAGCAGGAACCCCACCACAUGACUGAAGGUCACAUUCACGUACACAUCUGUCGUGACAGCAUGAAAACAAAAUGUGUUGGAGUAAUUGCUGGUGCUGGUGUCUGCGAUUUGGUUGUAUUCUCAACAGUUUUAGCUACAUUUCUGAUAUGUUGGAAGAUUGGGUGGUUCCGAUAUAUCAGAAGAACUAUGAGAGGUAAGUUGAAAUAUAAUGUUGUAGUAAAAUAUCCAUAAUAUGUAGACAUCAGUAUAAGGUGCUGCCUCAUAUCCACUUCAUUCACUUCACACUUCUGGUAAUGUAGAUCAGCUGUAGUACCUGGUUGUUCCACCAGGUGGAGCCCCUUACUGUUUAAUACUGUGGCAACCAGAGGAGGUGGUCAGUUGGACUGUUGGGCAGUAGAGAGCAUUGUGGGCUUUUAGCUAGCAUGAACACCAUGACAAAGACUUUUGCGGAGGUUAAUGACCUCGAACCAUAGUUGGUGUGU